AUGCUGUUCGUCGUAUUCUUCGCUGCUUUAUUGGCUGGGGCCAACGCCCAAUCUCAGUGCAAAAAUGACGACUAUACGAUGCUGGGCAACGGGAAAUGCUAUCGGGUGUUCACCUCCAACACGGCCGGCUCGUCGGCGUCGGCUGCGUGUCAUUUAACGGGCGGCGAGCUGGUGUCGAUCCAUUCGGAAACGGACAACUACAUCAUCGGUAUCUGGGCCCAGGGCAACCUGGUCUCUGAAGCCUGGAUUGGACUACGCUGCGAUACCCUAGACACCUGCGGCUGGCUCGACGGAACCCCACUGAAUUAUACACAUUUUGACGACAACCCGCCCGACCUCGACGAUGGCAACUGCUUCUUCAUGAAGGUUGGAAUGGUGGAUGUCAACAUCUUCAACACAUGGGCCGUCGGGAAGUGCGACAAGAAGAAGAACUUCAUCUGCGAGCAGGUCGACCACAUUCCGACCAAGGCGCCGACUACCGUGCGCCCGUCACCAUACCCAUUUAGCCACUCGCCGGAUUGCGGAACUUACUACUUGUUUAAUGGAUGGUGUUACAACGUGUUUCCGGGCGGUUUGAGCGAACCGGACGCCGAGCUGACGUGUGAGGCGGAUGGAGGGCAUUUGGUGGCGAUACACGAGGCUUUUACCAACAACUUCGUCACGCAACUCCUCGCCAGCAUCGGAGCCCCGUUCGGGUGGAUCGGGCUGAAAUACCUACCCAACGGAGUGUACAUCUGGACAAACGGCUCCCCGAUGGACUAUAGGAAUAUACCAGCUAUCCUAUCGCCGGCGUUGGGGUCCUGUUUUGCGAUGUCGACUUUGGAUCAGUACUACCCGGCCCAAUGGAUCCCGUACAACUGCUCGACGCUGUUGCCCUUCGUCUGCCAGCGGCCGAGAGCCGAUGUUCCGACGACAACCAAAACCUUGCCGACGACGCAGGUCGUCUCCAGCUGCGGUCAAACCCAGUAUGGAGGAUACAGUGGGCAGAUCCCCUCGCCAAACUACCCGUACUCGUUCCACGGCUCAUACUGCUACUACCAGAUCACCGGGAGCAGCCGGGCCGUCAACGUCGAGGUGCCGGCGAUUCAGGGCAUGAACGGCUUCUGGGUGCUGACGCUCUUCGAGGGAGCCCAAGCCGAUCGUUAUUACCUCAUCGACGAGAUCUCCUCCCAAGACUUCCCCCGCAUCAUCCACCGCUCCUCCAGCACCAACCUGCUGCUCGUCACUUUCUAUUCUGCCGACUCGGUCAUCGGGCAACCCUUCUUCGUCUCAUACAACAGCACCCAAGUACCCCUUUAUCCGACCCGGAAUGGUACGGUGACCCCUGCGACCACUACGGUAGCUCCCAGAAAACUGUCGUGUGAUGUGAAUUGGUCGCUGGACGAGCAGCGGGGAGUGUGCUAUGCCAUCUCCUCUCCAGGCACUUUUGAUGAUGGAGCGGGCUACUGUAGACUACGAUACGCACAGAUGCUCUCAGUGCACAGCUUACAGCAGGAGACCGGGUUGUACGCUCUGCUCAAUCGUGCCUACCCGAAUGGUUUCUUUGAUGUGUGGAUCGGCGGGAAGUUCAACAUCAACGCCUGGAAAUGGUGGGACGGGACGGCGUUCGACUACUCGGCCUGGGUCGGAGGACGUGACAAUGGCACUUCAAGCAGCUGUGCUUCCGCCGUCCGGCAUGGUGCAUCAAGCUUCCAGCAAGGCUGGGUGGCCCGCGACUGCUCGAUCUAUCUACCGGCUGUCUGUUACCGCACGGCCAAUAUCAAUGCAGAA